CCAUUACAGAGUGUAGUCUCGAGGGCCAUGUGAUAGAUUUUAACUACUGCAUGCUUGCAAUAAGGAGCAGACAACACUGAGGAGGCCGGCUACACAGUACAGGACUACAGAGCUAUGCCUCCAUACAUAGCUCCAGAGCAAGGUGACCGUGUCGGUGUGUGGGGGAGUCCCACCUCUACCCUGGACUGGUGUGAGGAGAACCACGUCCUCUCAUACUACAUCGCCGAGUUCUGGAACACUGUUAGUAAUGCUGCAAUGAUCGUGCCUGCACUGUGGGGGCUGUGGAAGUGUUACAGUAAUCACUUAGAGACGAGGUACUACCUUUGCUAUAUAGGCUUGUUAGCUGUGGGUGUUGGAUCACUACUGUUUCAUGGGACCCUGCUCUAUACAAUGCAGUUGUUGGAUGAGCUCCCCAUGUUGAUCCUCAGUGCAUGCAUGCUCUUCACACUGUAUGAGAUGGGACAACCUAGAGGAGUGUAUCCCACGUCUACCUACAUCAGAACAGUCCUCUUGAUGGCCUAUACAACUAUCGUGAUUCUCGUUUACCUGAUCAUCCCCGACCCUGUGUUCUUCGAGGGAGCCUAUGCCGUGAUGGUAUUAGGCCUGGUAGUACACGGCUUCUAUUCUAUAAGUAAAUACAGUGGCUCUAGGCUGGUACCCAUGGCACUGGGGUCCAUGGCAGUGUAUGGGUUUGGGUUUGUGCUCUGGAACAUUGACAAUCAUUUCUGUCCCAAAUUGAGGGAGUAUCGGAGCUCCUCCCACAUCUUUGCCCCCCUCACUCAGUUGCACGCUUGGUGGCACAUAUUUGCUGGAGCAGGAACUUAUCUUCACGUGCUGUUGAGUUCUCGACUACGAAUGCAGACUCUCAAACAUCACUGCUCUAUCAAGUAUUUCUUCGGAAUGCCUUAUUUGGAAGUGUCUAAAAUAAAGAAUUAAACGAAAGAAUUGAACGAAUCACUGCAUAGACAUUGUAAUUGUCAUAGCGUUAUUUGCUGAGAUUUAUUUAUUUUUGUGCAAAAAGUUGGAAUUGAAUGAAUUAUGUGA